AUGUGGCGACCACGGGUGAGCGAGGCUGCCGCGUGCUGCGGGUUCCGCAGCCCCGAGCGGUGGGUUCUGCAGCCGCGUGCGGGGGCUCUGCAGCCCCGGGCGGCGGGUUCUGCAGCCGCGUGCGGGGGCUCUGCAGCCCCGGGCGGCGGGUUCUGCAGCCGCGUGCGGGUUCUGCAGCCCCGGGCGGCGGCCCAGGGGCCUCCUGUUUCCCGCACACCGUCCGGGCGGGCAGCUGUGGAGCGGUGGAGCAGGCGGGCAUCUGUGGAGCGGGCGGGCAUCUGUGGAGCUGUGGAGCGGGCGGGCAUCUGUGGAGCGGUGGCGUGGGCGGGCAUCUGUGGAGCUGUGGAGCGGGCGGGCAUCUGUGGAGCGGUGGCGCGGGCGGGCAUCUGUGGAGCGGGUGGGCAGCUGUGGAGCGGGCGGGCAUCUGUGGAGCGGGUGGGCAGCUGUGGAGCGGUGGAGCGGUGGAGCGGGCGGGCAGCUGUGGAGCUGUGGAGCGGGCGGGCAGCUGUGGAGCGGGCUGCUGUGGAGCGGGCGGGCAGCUGUGGAGCGGGCAGCUGUGGAGCGGGCGGGCAGCUGUGGAGCGGGCUGCUGUGGAGCGGGUGGGCAGCUGUGGAGCGGGCUGCUGUGGAGCGGGCUGCUGUGGAGCGGGCAGCUGUGGAGCGGGCAGCUGUGGAGCGGGCAGCUGUGGAGCGGGCGGGCAGCUGUGGAGCGGUGGAGCGGGCUGUUGUGGAGCGGGCUGCUGUGGAGCGGGCUGCUGUGGAGCGGUGGAGCGGGCAGCUGUGGAGCGGGCAGCUGUGGAGCGGGCAGCUGUGGAGCGGGCAGCUGUGGAGCGGGCAGCUGUGGAGCGGUGGAGCGGGCUGUUGUGGAGCGGGCAGCUGUGGAGCGGUGGAGCGGGCUGUUGUGGAGCGGGCUGCUGUGGAGCGGGCUGCUGUGGAGCGGUGGAGCGGGCUGUUGUGGAGCGGGCAGCUGUGGAGCGGUGGAGCGGGCUGCUGUGGAGCGGGCAGCUGUGGAGCGGGCUGCUGUGGAGCGGGCAGCUGUGGAGCGGGCAGCUGUGGAGCGGGCUGCUGUGGAGCGGGCUGCUGUGGAGCGGGCGGGCAGCGGUGGAGCGGGCAGCGGUGGAGCGGGCAGCGGUGGAGCGGGCAGCGGUGGAGCGGGCUGCUGUGGAGCGGGCUGCUGUGGAGCGGGCUGCUGUGGAGCGGGCUGCUGUGGAGCGGGCAGCUGUGGAGCGGGCGGGCAGCUGUGGAGCGGGCAGCUGUGGAGCGGGCUGCUGUGGAGCGGGCAGCUGUGGAGCGGGCUGCUGUGGAGCGGGCUGCUGUGGAGCGGGCUGCUGUGGAGCGGGCUGCUGUGGAGCGGGCAGUUGUGGAGCGGGCAGCUGUGGAGCGGGCUGCUGUGGAGCGGGCAGCUGUGGAGCGGGCUGCUGUGGAGCGGGCUGCUGUGGAGCGGGCGGGCAGCGGUGGAGCGGGCAGCGGUGGAGCGGGCUGCUGUGGAGCGGGCUGCUGUGGAGCGGGCUGCUGUGGAGCGGGCUGCUGUGGAGCGGGCUGCUGUGGAGCGGGCUGCUGUGGAGCGGGCUGCUGUGGAGCGGGCUGCUGUGGAGCGGGCUGUUGUGGAGCGGGCUGCUGUGGAGCGGUGGAGCGGGCAGCUGUGGAGCGGGCGGGCAGCUGUGGGGCGGGUGGGUCCAGCUCAGGGCUGAACCUCCUUGACUGGAACCCCGAGGGAAAGCCUGGCUCUGCAUUGUAA